AUGGCAGCCGUUGCUGUUGGAAGUGCUCAGCCCCUCGCGGCGAGUGGUCAGACAGUGCAGUAUACUACCAUACAUGUUGCCAGAUCUGAUGGAGUCGUAUAUACCACCGAGGAGAUCAACAACGCGAGCAGUGCCAUGCCCGUCGCGGGCCCGCUGGACGACUCCGAUGCGAAGGUGCGGAACUUCAAAGUCUCGCUCGGGAGACUAUUGAGGUUCAACCUCGGCAGGCCAGAUGACAGGAACGAGUACAUGGUUGAGCUGCCGGAGGGCUACAACUUCUUCGUACGCAACUACGAGAAGAAAACCGCUGCAGGCUCGGCAUCCGGGCCCUCGUCUCGCAAGGACAUCCAUGUCUUCGGCCACCCCAAGAGCAUCAGGCUGUCCUAUCGAACACCCAAGGAGUUCGGGCCCCAUUUGCUGUGGCUCCUGAGCGACUCGCAAGACAGAAAGGACUGCUCCUGCCUGAUAUGCAACCCCGCGCCGCCGAAGAAGGCCAAGGCUCCCGUGCCGCCGAAGCCCUUGCCUGUUGGAGCUGGCGAUAAAGCCGUGCCGCCUCUGGCGGCAUCACAGUCCCCUAUCCCCGUGCCUGCGAAGACAGCUCAAGCAGCUCAAGCAGCAGCACCUGCUGCAGGUGCUACAGAAAGUACACAUCAGAUGCAAAGCACGACAAAGCCUGCGCCGACAGGGACAACUGGCGUUAUGAUCACCGGAAAUACAGAAGUAUUUCGCAGCGGUGAGUUGGUGUGGUAUGUUUCGGGUUCUGCCUGGCGGUUGGGCGUGGUCUGGUCCGUGGAUACAAGUCACGUAAACAAGGUACAUCACAAGUGCAUCAUAGCCCCGAUCAACCACGCCUGCUUCAGAGCGGCCAGCGUCGAGAAGCAGUUCAGCGGGAUGCGGCCGUUCUUGUCGUUCAGCGUGCCGGCCGUCUCGAUCCCCGACCUGGUUCCGAAGACUUAUAACGACGUCGACUGGCCGAGCCUGGUCGAGGCAUACCGGGCCGACCCGUCCAAGAAUCCAGAGGUCGUCGGGCUCGAGGCCUCCAAGAUGGCUGCCAACAUGAUCAACGCCUCCUUUUCGCUGUUUAACAAGCGGCAGAGCAUCGGGCCCGACCGGAGCAUCUACGGAGGCGUCUUCCUAGGCGCCGAGCAGAUCCGCGUCGGCGAUGCCCUGCGGAUCCAGAAGUCGGUGCGGCCGGAGGAGCCCGGCGUGGAGGUCAUGUUUGUCAACACCAUCUUCAACACCACCGAGGCCGGCGCCAACGGGACCAGCCUCGACCACGUCAGCUUCGUGGGGAGCGUCUACAUCCUCGAGUCGACGGCCAACGGGCAGGCGCCGCCGCCGCGGCCGGCGGCGGAGCAGCCCCACAGCCAGAUCUUCGUCGACGAGGUCGCGGUGCGGGACAGCAUCACGGCGGGCCUCGGCCGCCGGUGGUACUGGCGGCUGGUGCAGAAGGACGCCGUGCGCAAGGAGGCCGACAUCUUUGGCCGGUACUACCUGACGGACAAGCUCAUGGGGAUCCUGGACCCGCAGGGCUACCGGGACAGGGUGGCCCAGGGCGUCGUCUCGGACGGGCAGGCCCACCUCAACAAGCGCAUGCAGGCCAGCGACGCGCGCUACUUUGGCCGCAGGGCCAACAGGCAGGCCACGCUGGGGGCCUGCGUCGGCGUGCAGCUGAAGCUGGGCGAGGGCAUCGUGGAGGAGCCUGCGUCUUGA